GCUUUUUCUUCCAACCGUCAUCUGUUGUCUAAUUGAAGACUUUCAGGGCGUCUCUUGUCCUUUUAGACUUAUCAGCGCUAUCUGAUCCGUUAUCCACAAUGCGAGGCGAGGUUUGCCAUAUCCAUAUCGGCCAGGCUGGUACUCAGCUGGGUAACAGCGCUUGGGAGCUGUAUCUUCUUGAGCAUGGCCUCGGCGCUGAUGGACGUCUGGAUCCCGAGAAGGGUGAGGAUAUCAACGCGGGUGGUUCUUUCGAGACGUUCUUCACCGAGACUGGUAGCGGCAAAUACGUUCCCCGAUCUAUCUUCGUUGACCUUGAUCCAUCGCCAAUUGAUGAGAUCCGCACCGGACCCUACCGUCAGCUCUUCCACCCCGAGCAGCUAAUCAGCGGAAAGGAGGAUGCCGCCAACAACUACGCCCGUGGUCACUAUACUGUUGGAAAGGAGCUCGUUGACACUGUUGUCGACCGUGUCCGCCGGCUUUCCGACAACUGCAGCUCCCUUCAGGGAUUUUUGGUCUUCCACUCUUUCGGCGGAGGUACUGGCUCUGGUUUCGGCGCUCUUCUCCUCGAACGUCUGUCCACAGAAUACGGCAAGAAGUCCAAGCUGGAGUUCGCAGUGUAUCCUUCUCCCCGUGUUUCCACCGCUGUCGUUGAGCCUUACAACGCUGUUCUGUCCACACACAGCACAAUUGAGAACUCCGACUGCACGUUCCUCGUUGAUAACGAGGCUGUUUAUGAUAUCUGCCGCCGGAACUUGGAUAUUCCUCGCCCCAGCUUUGAGCACCUUAACCGUCUGAUUGCCCAAGUUGUCAGCUCUAUCACCUCCAGUCUUAGGUUUGAUGGUGCUCUCAAUGUGGAUCUGAAUGAAUUCCAGACCAACCUUGUGCCGUUCCCACGUAUUCACUACCCCUUGAUCUCGUACGCGCCCGUUAUUUCAAGCAACCGCAGCUCUCACGAGAGCUUCAAGGUCCAGGAUCUCACUCUCCAGUGUGCCGAGCCUAACAACCAGAUGGUCGUUUGUGAUCCCCGUAACGGCAAGUACAUGGCCGUAGCCCUCCUGUAUCGUGGAGACUGCGUGCCCCGUGACUGCACCCAAGCCAUCGCGUCGCUCAAGGCCAAGGCUUCCUUCAACCUAGUUGAAUGGUGUCCUACUGGUUUCAAGGUGGGAAUUAACUACCAGAAACCCGCGCGUGUCCCCGGAAGCGAACUCGCCCCUGUCGACCGCUCAGUCAGCAUGCUUUCCAACACAACCGCCAUUUCCGAGGCAUGGAGUCGUCUCGACCACAAGUUCGACCUUAUGUACUCCAAGCGGGCGUUCGUGCAUUGGUACGUGGGUGAGGGUAUGGAAGAAGGUGAAUUCUCCGAAGCCCGUGAAGACUUGGCUGCCCUUGAGAAGGAUUACGAGGAGGUUGCUGGGGACAGCCUUGAUAUGGAGGGCGAAGAAGCCGAGUACUAAUCAAGGGACGCUCCUUGCAAAGACCAUGGCUGGUUUAAUUCUUGGUAUGCCCGACGUCUCUUGCCAAAGUCCAAUGUGUAUUCUGUUAAUCUGUUUGCGACACCCCCUUUCUUUCGUGUAGCGUUCGUUGAUUUGUUUGCCCCUUUUUAAAUUCUUCCAAUGGCCUUACCGCUUAAUU